AUGUCAGAAAAUAUUGUUAUCGAAUCUCUUCGCGGACUUUGUUUAACAUAUCCUUCACUACGAUUGAUUGAAAAGGAAAAAAUCGUCUAUAGGGCCGAUAUUGAUGAAAUUAGGCAGAAACAAGUCACAAUUAUUUCUGGGGGGGGAGCUGGUCACGAACCUGCACAUGCCGCAUAUGUAGGGCCCCAAAUGCUUUCAGCUGCUGUCUCUGGGAACAUCUUUGCUUCACCCUCAGUGACUGCAAUUUUAGCCGGAAUUCGUAGGAUUCAAUCACCUCAUGGCACAUUGUUGAUUGUAAAAAAUUACACUGGUGAUUGUUUAAAUUUUGGCUUGGCAGCUGAACGUGCAAAAAAUGAAGGUAUCAAGGUUGACAUGAUUAUUGUGGGUGAUGAUGUUAGUAUCGGUAGAAACAGCGCUGUUGGCCGACGGGGUUUGGCAGGAACAGUUUUGGUACAUAAGGUUGCAGGAGCUGUGGCUGCAUCAGGUGGAACUCUUGAAGAAACAAAGGCAGUAGCUAGUUUAGUGGCUGAAAAUAUCGGCACUAUUGGCGUCGCUUUUGACCAUUGUAAAAUUCCUGGUUUGUCUCAUAACCCUACGUUGCCUAAAGACAUCAUUGAGCUUGGCAUGGGUAUUCAUGGAGAACCAGGUUUUCAAAAAAUCCCAAUUCCACCUUCUCGUGACCUUAUUCACAAAAUGUUAGAUACAAUAAUAGAUACAGAAGAUCCCGAAAGAUCUUAUUUAGAUAUUCAUCCGGAGAAAAAUUCGAUUGUUUUACUUGCCAAUAACCUUGGUGGUCUUUCUACAUGUGAAUUAUUUCGUUGUACCUACGACGCAGCAUCAUACUUAGAACAAAAGCACUUCUAUAUUUCAAGAUUAUAUACAGGAACUUUUAUGACAUCAUUCAACAUGCCGGGUUUCUCAUUGACUAUACUCAAGUUGCCAAAAGAUCGUGAUAUAAUACAAAUGUUAGAUCAGCAUGUGGAAGUUCCGGGUUGGAUUAAUCGAAUUUAUCUCGAUUAUUCUAGUUUGGACACUAAAUUAGAUGAAAAAGUAUCCGAUUCAAGUAUAAAGAAAUCUGAUGAUAAAUAUCCCCAGAUCAUUCGUUGUGGUAAAUAUUCUCAAAUUUUCGAGUCGACUUUGAAAUCUGUAUGUAAUGCGAUUAUUCAGGCUGAACCUGAUAUUACUCAAUAUGAUAAGAUUGUUGGAGAUGGUGAUUGCGGAACUACGAUGAAGAAUUGUGCAACUGAUAUUAUAAAGGCUUUGGAAGAACGUCAGAUUGUUUCUCACGAUCCUGUUGAGGCAACUGCGCAAAUCGGCAACAUUUUAGAAAAACAAGGGGGGACAAUAGGUUGCUUAUUUAGUAUCUUCUUAUACGCACUUGCAAAUAGUUUGAGACUGGCUGCAAAUUAUCAGCUUAGCGAAGAAAAUCAAUUUUUCAUUAAUGCAAAAUGCUGGGCUGAAGCAUUAAAGAAUGCAUUAGCAACACUUGAAAAUUAUACCCCCGCUAGAACUGGUGACCGUACGAUGAUGGACGUAUUGAUUCCAUUUAUCGACACUUUUUCAAGCAAUUUGGAUUCUGAAGAUAGCGCCUUAAAAGCUUUAAAACUGGCAGUAAAUUUGGCUAAAAAUAAUGUGGAGUCUACCAAAUUUUUAAAGCCAAAAUUUGGUAGAUCAACAUAUAUUUCUUAUGAUGAUAUUAAAAACUCUGGUGUUCCUGAUCCUGGCGCUUUGGUU